UCUGGCUAUAGCGUAAAGUGCCUUUCAGCUUUCUGCUCACUUAGAAUCGUCAGUGUUAAGAAUCUUUUCAUGUUUUGAAAUUCGUGUUUCUUCGACAUUUUUACGAUAGUAAACAUUUAGAAAACAACUUUGGAUUAAGUGGAUUAAGUGUUAAUAAACAAUGUCAGAUGAAGGGGAUGAAACAUCAGUGCAUACUGAUACAGAGGAAGAAAAUUAUAUUUCACAAAUAAAGUAUCGUCACUAUUCAUUAAAGUGGACCAUCGAGGAUUUCGACUUUGUUUGCAACAACAUGAAUGCGAUUGAAUCUCCAAGAUUCCCUGAAGCACCAACAAAAGAAGGACAAUGGUUUUUUCGAUUGGAACCUGUAAAACUAAUGGAAGAAAGCAAUGAAUUAUUUAAAAUGAAAUUAAGCAACACAUCUGGAAUGAAAGCAAUUAUAAAAAAUAGUUUUGAUCUGUCUAACUCUUCAGGCACUGGUAUUAUUGGCUUUUUUUAUAAUGGGAGUAUUGAAAUUAACAUAAAUUGGACUAAAACUGGAUCAGACAUGUUUAAAAAAUUAAAAUGGGGUAAAAUAAAAGAUAAAAGUGUUAAAUUAAUCUGUAAACUUAGCGUUCUUGAUUCUGUUAACGAUAUUAUUCCAAAGCCAUUCACUCGUUUUGCAAAAGCAGACAAUCUUUUGAAUCAAGUUGAAUGUUUCUUUGACGAUCAAACAUUCAAAGACGUUACUCUCAAAGUAGAUGACAAAGAAUUCAUGGCUCAUAAAAUGAUUCUAAUUCUUCGCAGUCCAGUAUUCGCAGCAAUGUUCAAAUCCAAAAUGACUGAAGAGCAAACUUCAAGUGUCGAAAUCAAAGAUAUAAACCCAACGAUUUUCCAAAAAAUGCUUCGCUUCAUCUACACUGAAAAAGUGGAGGAUUUGGACGAGUCAGCAGCUGAACUUUAUUACGCAGCAGAAAAGUACCAACUCGGAAAACUAAAAACGAUGUGCAUCAACAGUUUGUAUGCAAAUUUAUCUUCAGAUUCAGUUAUAGAAACCCUAAAACUAGCAGAAAUUUUUUCAAUCUUCGAUUUAAAGCGAAAAGCUUUUGAAUGUUUAGCUUCGAAUUUAGAAGAAUUAAAAGAAACUCACGAAUUUUUACAAUUGGCAGAAAAUUUCCCACAUUUUUAUACACAAAUCAACAAAGUGCAAAAAAUGAACAAUGAUUUUAAAACGGAUUAUGCUGCUAGGUAUUACGCUAAAACAAUAUAUGAAUUUAAAGAAUGAAAAAAUGUUGAAAAAAUAAUCUUUUUUAUCGUUAUAAUUAUAAUAAUUUUGUUUUGUAGAAAAGAUUAAAAAUGUCAAGCAUUAUUUGUAGUAUUUUUCAACAAAAAAUUAUUUAUGAUUGUAUGCAUCAUUGUAAAUUUUGCAUAGAAUCAAUGUAUUGGUUCGUAUUACUUUUGUAUUGAAUUUUUAAAAAAUUGGGGAACUAACAAUAAGAAAACAAUUUUCAAGUAUUUUGUUAAUCAUCAAAUUUAAUUUGAAUGUUUCUUCAAAAACUUGUCAAAUAUUUGUACCUAUUUGUAAUUUUU